AUGGUCGGAGUGGGAUACGGCAAGGGCGCCACACUCCCGGACGAGGAGGUGCGGUGGCUCACGCCCGAGCAGGUCGACGGCCUGCGGGCGGGGGAGGGCGUCCGGCUCCUCGACGCGCGCGACGCCCCGGAGUUUCAGAAGGCCUCGUUGCCGGGCGCGGAGUCUCUGCCGCAGUCGACGCUCAUGUUCAGCCGCGGCAAGGUCCAGGCGCUCGUCGACGAGUUGGUUGGCUCGCAGGCAGGCGAGCUCUGCUUCUUUGCAAACACUGCCGGGCCCAACGCAGGCAUAACGGCGGGCCGCGAGGUGUAUGUGAUGGCCUUCCUGCUCGAGCUGGGCCUGCCCUUGACUCGGAUGGCGCGGCUCCGAGGCGGGCUCAACGGGUGGGUCGAGUCGGGCAGGCCGGCGCCACCGGCUGGUCGGGAGGUGGCGCCGCAGCUGCCGGCUGUCAGCGGAGGACUGCGCGGGCUCUGCGAAGGCGCGGGCCUCGGGCACCUCGCGGCGGCGCUGCCUCCCUCGCUCACCCUCGAGGCGGCCGCAGCCGCGGCGACCUCCUCGAGGCAGAGCUUCCUCGCCUCGCUGCGGGACGAGCACGGUGUGAGCAGGCUGGCAGACAGGCAGGCGCUGUGCAACGCGCUCAGCAAGGCCGUGAGGGAGGGGCGGGUGCCGGGCCGCGCCGAGGAGGGAUAG